UCCAUUAUAAAUGUAUACAAUGCCGGAGAUGGUAUUAAUAGUCAUGUUGAUCUUGAUAGGUUCGAGGAUGGAAUAGUUGUCAUAUCACUACUUUCAGCCUGUGCAAUGCAAUUCAGACCUGCUUCUCUAAUCAACAAAGAACUAGGAUAUUCAGAUACUUCUACAUCUACAAAUACAGAUCAAGUAAUUUCAAUCAUUCUUCGACCUGGUGAUGUUCUUGCGAUGAGCGGCCCUGCUCGAUACGAUUGGGCACAUGGCAUUGAAGCUACUAAAAUUGAUAUAGUUGGAGACGAGAGAAUUCUUCGAAGAGUGAGAGUUUCAAUUACUUUGAGAAAAAUGAAAGAAAAUCAACUUUUGAAUCAGUGUGCUGAUAAAUCAUAA